AUGUUGAUGACGAAGCCCCAAGAAGUCCGUAAGGAGAACAAGUUUGGAAACCCAGAUUCCUCGAAUGACACCUUUCAAAGCCUCGCUCCCUGCCAUGUCUCUCAGCUGUGUGUGUUUGUUUUGUCCACAGGGGGCGCUCUGCAGAUCCAGUGUUACCAGUGUGAGGAGAUGAGCACCAACGACUGCUCCACCCCCGACUUCAUCGUCAACUGCACUGUCAAUGUCCAGGACAUGUGCCAGAAGGAGGUGCUGGUCAAACCUGAUGGAAUCCACUACAGGAAGUCGUGUGCGUCGUCUGGAGCGUGUCUCAUCGCGUCCUCGGGGUACCAGCAGUUCUGCACGGGCCGACUCAACUCAGUGUGCAUCACCUGCUGCAACACGCCCCUGUGCAACGGCCCCAAGAGGAGGAAGCCUGUACCCUCAGGGGCCCCCGCGCUGGACCACACACUCCCUCUACUACUACUACUACUACUACUGCAAAUACUACUACUGCAGCUGGGGUGUGUGACUGUCAACACGCUGGGACUGUCCACGUAGACACAGAUCCACGUCGCUGAAACAUCAGCUUUCUCUCUUUGGCAUUUGGACCACGAACUGUCCAGCCCUAUGGAAGUGCACUAUCGCCCAGGACUGAACCUGGACCAAGUCUGGACUAAACCUGGGUCAAAAAUUGUCCUUCUUUUGCGUACAGUGGAUUUCUCUCUAUCUUUCUCUUUUGUUUUCCUCUGAAGAUGCCGCUGCAGAUCGAACUGUACAGAUGAGCCGCUUUCUUUGCUUGUUUCGUGUCAAACCUGUGUCAUUAUUUCGAAUUGAUAUUCUUGACGAGGCUCUGUCGGGUUGUAACAUGCACUUUGAUCGGAGAAAAAUGUGAAAUAAAUAAAAGUCAAUGAGCGGCUGGUGUAUCACUGUUA